ACGCUAACUUUUAAACCUUCAUAUUGUUGCCACUUUUAUACGCAGAGUUAAGUUUUAUCUUUUAACUUCUCUUCUAGAGAUAGUGACACCAGACUGCAGCCAAAUGGCCCGCUUGUUGAUAUAUCUGUUGCUGGGUUUCUGUAUCUAUGCAUUCAUCGAUAACGCGAAGGCUGACGAGGACGAAAGUGGAGACGAUGGGGAUGAAGAUGGAGAUGAAGAUGGAGAUGAAGAUGGUGAAGACGAUGGUGAAGACGAUGGUGUGACAGUAAACUUCAACUUCAACUUUCCCCCAGGCACUUGUGUGUCGGGUGAUAUGAUUCUGGAGGAGCGAACCAAAGGUCUCGUUCGUGUCUCGGAACUUUCCAAAGGUGACUACAUCCACGGAAUCACGGGAGGCAAGCGGAAGCCAGCCUGGUGCAAAGUGGAAGCUCUCUUCCCUGCAGCAGGCGGCAAACAUAAGGUCACCUAUGACGGCUUCACUAAAGAACACAUGGUAGUCGAUUAUAGUGUUCAUCCGUAUGGUAAGAGGGGAGAAGUGACCACGGGUCCUGUAUAUACGCUUGCUACCGACUGCGAUGCCAAUGUGAAUUCAGCGGGCCAGGCCUUCUCGCCCAUCAGCUCUGCGUUCUGUCCUCAUGAACUGAGCUGGAGUGAGUAUAUCACCUUGAUGUCAGCAGUACGCCGUGUCGCCAAUCGCACUGGUUACUUCUGGUUUGACACUUCAGCAUACCACGACAACGACACUGCAAUGGUACCGCAUUGGCUCGACCAGCUCCACCAAAUAUGCCGCGAGCUUUUGCUGUGCUCACGCCUAGAUGAAUGCCAGGGAUUCGAGAAUGUGAUGAAAGAGUUCGUGCACGACCAUGUCAACUCGAAGUACGCAAAGAUCGUUGAGCGACAAUUUCCCAACAUGGGCGGUGAUGUGAGCAAGCAACAAGCCGGUACCAUCACUGAAGUGGUUCGUCCACAGGAAAGCAGUCACAUAGUGCUGUUUUCCGUUUUUGGCAGUGCCAUGGUGGCACUCCUGAUCAUCGCUGUCGCCGUUAUUGCGUACCGAGUACGAAUGAGGAAGACAAAGAAGGAGCUCCCUUUCAAGUCAGAUGCUAACCAUUCCACUGUGGUGGCUUAGGAUGGAGAGUGGAGAAGGCAUGACAGGUUCAAGUGGUCCAUACUUUUUUUUGUUUAAUUUCGCUUGCUAAGACUCAAAUUAAGACUCAAAGAGGACUGCUUACUCAGUGUCCAUGAUAGUAAGCAGUAUUCUAUCCGCUAUCAGCCGCUCGAAAUUUUAAGGGAAUAAAAAUCAUUCAAAUGUUGUAAUCAUUAUCGCUCUAUAAUAACGUUGUAUUUAGGAUAAAUUUAACCAUUGUUGGUAUAA